AUGGACGGGAUCGAGAGGUUCGACAGCCCGGACAAAGGUCGCGGCCUGCGGGUGAGCAGAAGCUUCCGGGUCGGGGAGCUGCUCUUCUCCUGCCCGGCCUACUGCCACGUGCUGUCCGCCGCCCACAGGGGGCAACGCUGCGACUUCUGCCUCGACAGGAAGGAAAGCCUGGCAAGAUGUGGCAAAUGCAAGAAAGCCUUCUACUGCGGUGUCAAAUGUCAGAAGGGCGACUGGGAGGCGCACAAGCUGGAGUGCUCGGCGAUGGUCGCGUUCGGGGACAAUUGGCGCCCGUCGGAAAGCAGCCGGCUGGUGGCCCGAAUCCUGGCCAAGAAGAAAACGCAGAACGGAAGAUGCGCGUCCGAGAAGAUCUUGCCGGUCGGAGAGAUGCAGUCGCACUUGGCGGACAUGGACGACGAGAAACGUGACGCGACCCAGGCGGACGCGGCCGGACUGCACCGCUUUUACUCCAAACAUUUGGACUUUCCCGACUCCAAAGAGCUGCUUUCGCUCUUCUCACAGGUGGCCUGUAAUGGCUUCACGAUCGAGGACGAGGAACUGUCCCACUUGGGUACGGCGGUCUACCCAGACGUGGCGCUCAUCAACCACAGCUGCGUUCCCAACGUGAUCGUCACCUUCGACGGCACGCGGGCCCAAGUGCGAGCCGUCAACCACGUGGAGGCCGGAGAUGAAGUGUUGAUCAGUUACAUCGAUCCGCUCUACCCGACAGACGACCGCAACGGCAGGCUCAGAGACGCGUACUACUUUUGCUGCCGCUGCCGAGAGUGUCGAACGAGGUCCAAAGACGAGCUGAAGCUGAAAGUGCGCAAGCGUCGCGAGCCGGUGGCGGCGGAAGCGCUGAGCGCCAUGUUGCGAUACGCUCGCAAAACCAUCAGCGACUUCAGAGGCCUCAAACUCAUCAAAAAUAUCCUUUUCCCUACCCACGACGAGCUCCUGGAGAUGUGCGAGCAGAGCCUGGAGAAGAUGGCCACCGUGCUGGACGACGCCAACGUCUUCGUGCUCCACAUGAGCUACCAGGCCAUGGGCGUCUGCGUCUACCGGGGCGACUUCCGCGCCGCCGUCCGCUACGGCGAGAAGCUGCUCAAACCCUUCACGGAACUGUAUCCCGCCUACUCCCUGAACGUGGCGUCUCUGUACCUCAAGCUGGGCCGACUCUACCUGGCCUUGGACAGACGCGCCGAGGGCUUGCGGCGGCUCGACGAGGCGUUGAGCAUCAUGGAAGUGGCCCACGGCGACGAUCAUCCCUACGUCCGAGACCUGCGCAAACUCAAACAAACUUCAUUUUAGACCUUUACGCCGCUGCCCUGACUUAGGAGUUGAAAUCGUGCCGCCACCGCGCUCGUAACUCGAUGGACUCGCGCCUUGCGAUACGACACGACCGACCUCGCGGCCAUUUUUGGCUUUGACUGGCAAGCAAAAAGUUGAGUAACUCCACUCACUUGACGAAAAGAGGCAAUUCGUUGCCAACCUCAGUUUGCGUUUAGUCUCAAAUAUAUAACUUGAAGACAAUUAAACUUACUUGAAGGUUACUUAGCUCCAUGCUAACCAAAACAACAGAGAUGGACAAACCGAUCGCAUCGGCACUGCGAUGUCACAACUCUUGAAUAUUUGAACACCGGCGGUGGAGCAACACAGACAGACAAUACAGUGGACCCCGCUAAUCACAGGAUUAGGGACCAUGUGGAACCGCAAUUCGUGAAAUCUGCAGAUGGACUUUAAUUGCGCUCGACCCCAAACCUCCUGAAUAAGUGCUGCUUUUAGGGCAACUGUAUUCUCUCAUGGUAAGAAAGCAAUAUUUAUCCACUGCGAAGAGUUAGCAAUAUUAUUGCACCUUACUGAGACUCGUCUCCACGCGUGUUAUACUGCCCCCAGGUGGCCAAGGAAUGCACUACAAGGAACAGCACAAUGUCCACUGAGUUGAAACAAAAAGAAACAAAUAACAGCUUAGUUCUUUCGAUUUUGUUUCAGUUACAAGUGUGGUCACAGAAGGAAUUCAACUUGCACCUCAGGGCAUCACGAUAAUCACGUAUUUAUGCAGGGUUUUUUUUUUUAAGGGGGAGUUCAGCUUUUGACUCCAAAGUUAUGGCAUUGUUAUCAAC